AAAAUUUAUUAAAAUUCAAUUUCACCGAUUUUUCAAUUCGAAGCUAUUCCAUAGUCUGUAAGAAAGCCUACAUGUAUAGGCUUGUAUUCGUAACGAAAUACUGUCUCGAAACGUGCGUGUAAAACUCAAUCCAAAAUCUUGAUUGGCUAACUGUAUGUAUUCAAUAAGUCAAAUAAGAAAUUAUAGUUAUGAUUAGUUCGAUAGCGUUCGCUUCGAGAUAAGUUACGUUUUGAAUAUCGGCCAAUUUCGAUGUACAAUGAUAAUUGUACACGCCUUCCAAUAUUAAAGUGCCAAAAAAUUCUUUGCUCGUUGAAAGUAAAUUAUUGUAUUAAUAAUUGUACAUAGAAAUACAAAUGCAUGUAUAUAAUAAAGUAUACAGAAUCCGGUUGAAAAAUAAUAAUCAUAACUAAAAAUAGCAACGAUGAUAAAAUCAGGUAUUGUAGAAGGAGAAAAUUCCUCAUUGACAUAGACUUUGGCAAGUUUGCACUUUUAUACACAACCGACUGUAUAAUUAAUACGUAGCUUCAGGAAUAUGCAAACAAAGACACAAAUGUUCCAACAGUAUCCGUAACUCGAUUAUAACGGUUUACUUAUACUCCAUUCUCCAUCUACUUUCUUAUGUAUGUUUUUGACCGAGAUAUUAUUAAAUUAUAUUCAUUUGUUAUUUAUCGACUCUUUCUACCCUUACUUCCUACACAACGCCUUCCCCUGCGACAUCUCUUAAUGUUCUGCAAAAACUUGGCGUAUUUGUGAGUUGAACGAAAAGUUAUCUAUUUCCAUGUCAGUGAAAAUAUUUUUAAUAAAUUUAGAAUGGUACCCAUGCUAGAAUAUGAUUCACAUAACUUUCACUAUCCCGUCUACAAGGUGGCCAUGCUCGUUCUGCAAAAUUCAUUUUCUAUUUCUUUUUUUUUUCAUAUCGCAACAGCGUAGUUUUCUAUUGAUUUUGUUCACAAUCAAUUGAAUUGAAUGUUUUGUCAGGCCCUUUAGCUUAUAACGUUCCAUUUUACUGAAGUUAGCCUACGUAUUGUAUAAGAAUAUCAAAGGUUUCGUAUGACUAGAAUCUAUACUCAGCCGAAAGAUAAUCACUUUUAAUAUUUAAAGAUCGCACUUAACUAACUCUCGUGAGAUUGGUGAAUUGUGACAAAACAGUAUAGCAGUUUUAAGAAUACAAAAAACCCCAUUUCUCGGGCUGAUGUGCUGCACAAAAAAAAAAAAAAAACUAUAGAAUAUAAUCUAGACUGAGAGCAAUCCUUAGCUGAUGUUGAAAACGAGCAAUUGUUGAGUACUCUAAGUCUAGUGAAUCUGAAAGCUUAAAAGAAAUGUCAAUAUACUUGUUACACAUCUAUUUUAUGAUAUUAGUUGGGAUAGAAUUCAUUAAGGAAUAAUGUCAAACAGUAAGAUAGUGUCGAGGCACACUUCUUCUGCUAAACGAAAUGAAACUACUUUUUCAUAAUGUAAAAAUCUUGAGUCGAGGUUUUUCGAUGCCUUGGAAUAGGCGUAUUGAGAAAUAAUAAAUUGACUCAUCACUCCCCGUUUCAAUGACGAAGAAACCCUAGUUAAGAUAUAAGUGAAAAAGUCCAUUCCAGAGUACAAUGCAGUGGAUGAUGACAAAGUAUGACAAUUUAUGUAACGCAGACAUUUCACGUACGCGGUUAUUAGAUAACUUGGUUAAACAGCAAAAUGAUAAGCACCCGGGGGAGUGAAAACGAUGCGUGUACGUUGCGUUCAUUGUGCCGUGAACUCUGAAGGCGACAAGACAGUGGGACCUAAAUCGGAUAUCGUGUAUCUCGGAAUUCUGUGUUACAAAAUGUUUCUCAAAGACGUCGAAUCGGAGUCUUAUUCCCCACCUCCCGAACUUCCAAUAUCUAUUUCCUGGGAAAAUAUUACCGUUCAUGUCCGACGCAAGCCUGAUUUUUUUAUCAAAAGUAUCGCAAAGAAGAUUUUUGGAUAUUCCACUCGCGAUGACAAACCGAUCAAGAUACUUGACUCAGUCACUGGCCAUGCGGAUUCUAGCAGUUUGGUAGCGGUCAUGGGUCCCAGCGGUGCAGGUAAAACGACGCUCUUGGCCGCACUGGCGAGAAAAAUUGAGCUGCAUUCUGGGUGCAUCAGAGUAAAUGGAUGCAGCGUGUCGAGAGACUUGAUGUCCAAGAUAGCAGGCUUCGUACCUCAAUUCUGCGCCUUGCCACCUGCACUAACAGCAAUGGAAUACAUGAUAUUCACGUGCGCUUUGAGGCUGGACAAAGGAAUGUCGGCGAAGGACAGAAACACUUUGGCGGUGAACAUCCUCACGGACCUCGGAAUACUGAAGCAUAGAGACACUCAGAUCUCGAAGUUGUCAGGUGGUGAGGUGAAGAGGCUGUCGCUGGCAGUCGAAAUGGUUACCAAACCGAAAAUACUUUUCCUGGACGAGCCCACAUCUGGUUUGGAUACGUGGACAGCGAUGCGAGUAAUUGAAUCAGCAAAGGCUGCGACCAGAUCAGGAACAAUCGUGUUCUGCUCGGUUCAUCAGCCUGCAAUGGAUCUCUACAAAAUGUUCAGUCACGUUGUAUAUCUGGCUAAUGGAAGAACAGCGUACUAUGGAACAUUGGUAAAUGCAAGGAAAUUCUUCAACAGCGAAGGAUUUCAUUGCCCGGAAUCGUUCAACGAGGCAGAAUUUUACGUCAAAAUUGUGUCAACUAUGAACCUGGUUGAUUCCCUGAACGCUACAGAUUCAUUUCUCCUUUCUGAACGUCUAGCAAAGAUUUGCAGCUCCUUUACUCGUUCAACGUACUACAACCCACCAGAAGUCCCUGCGGGGAAUGGUUCGAUAGAAUUCAAAUCUCAAACGCUUAAACCCAAUCAAUUAGUACAAUUUUACUGGCUCAUGUGGAGAAUAUCAAUACAGAUGCGAAGGACAGUGUUCCACGAGGCGGGCCAUUAUUAUCCUUUUUUAGUAUCAUCGAUACUUAUCAGUUGGUUUUACUUCGGUGUGAAUUCGCACACACAGGUUGGCGUUCAGGAUAUGCGGGGUGCUCUUUACCUUAUUAGUGCUGAGAUCAUCUUUUCGUCAACUUAUUCGAACGCUUGCGUACUGUCUGAACAAUUACCUCUAUACUUGCAGGAAAAUUCAAUGUACACGCCGGCAGUUUAUUACAUCGCAACUGUUAUCAGCUGGAUUCCCAAGAUUGUUUGCCAUUGCAUUCUUUUUUUUUCAAUAAUGCUCGUUUCUCUGGAUAUGGAUAUCAACUUCUUUGUUCUCAUGAAAUUCGUUACCUGCAUCAUAUUGGCUGCUUUAACGAGUUCAGCUUACGGCUCAAUGAUGUCAAGCUGGAUUGAGAACCCCGAUAUUAUGAUGAGCAUUAUGGGACCGAUCGACCUUGUUGGUUAUCUGAUGUCUGGAGUUUACUACAAUAUCAGAGCCAUGCCCGCAUACUUGUCAUGGGUGAAAUACUUGUCGAUUUUUUACUACGCGAACGAAGCCCUGGCGAUCAUCCAUUGGACAACCGUAGAUAGUAUUGAGUGUUACCCGGACAAAGACUUGCCGUGUUACAGAAAUGGGCGAGAAGUUUUGACCGAAUAUGGAUACGGUGAAGAUAAUUUAAAGACAGACCUAUGCGGGCUUAUUUUGCUUACCUUCGGCAUGCACUUUGUAGGAUAUCUCGGGGUGAGGAGGCUCAGAAUUGUAAGAGCGAUGUACUGAUUAUAAAAUUUUCCUGCGCAACCGAAAUAAUAUCACGUAUGCGUAUCGAUGAAUCCCAAACUUGAUCCCUUGUUUGUUUCGUAUUAUGCAACGUAUUUCACUGUGAAAGUAUUUUACUAAUUUUAUUACUAAACUGUACGCCCAAUACAUAUCCUUAGUCUAACGGUUAUGCAUAUGUACUUAUUAUAAUUAUUAUAUACGCGUUUCCUAAUAAAAUACAAACUUCUGGGUCACCCAAUAUUUGGGCUGUGUCAGAAAGGCGAUAUUCCGA